CUUUGAAAUCGACGCCACGGAGCGAUCGGUACCGGCGAGGUGAACAACAGGGACCUGCUGGAUCUCCGCAGGAGGAGGAGGAGGCUGCUGCCGCUGCUCGUCGGUGUUCGGAUCCGGUUUCAGGACCCAGUUAACCGGACCCGCAGGUCCCGAUCCUCCGCCUGCCCUGGACGGCGGGUCGGUCUGGAGAUAAACACACACACACACACACACUCACAGGUUGGAACUGAUGCCCCUGUAUCCCAUCAGCUGACUCCGAGUGCCACCAGGUAUGGGAGCCCGACGGACCUGGUUCCCUCGGGUGCACUGCCAGGAUAGUGAGCCCCCUGGUCCAGACUGCGAGAGGGAGAAGAGAUAUGCUGAGCUGUUUGAUCAGCUGGACCUCAACAAAGACGGAUGCAUUGACAUCCGUGAGCUGCGGACAGGGCUGGCAGGCCGAGGGAUUUCCAGACGCUCCUUGGAGAGGCUUGUCCAGACCGGGGACACCAACCAGGAUGGAGUCCUGGACUUUGAAGAGUUCACACAGUAUCUUCGCGCCCAUGAAAAACAGCUCAAACUCAUGUUUAGCAGACUGGACAGGAACAACGAUGGUCAGAUAGAUGCAGCCGAGAUCCAGCACUGUCUACACGGCAUCGGUGUGGACAUCAGCCUCGAGGAUGCCAACAGGAUUUUGCUACGAAUGGACAAGGAUGGCACCAUGACCAUUGACUGGAACGAGUGGCGUGACUACUUCCUCUUUAACCCCCUCACUAACAUGGAGGACGUGGCACGCUACUGGAAACGUUCAAUGAUGUUGGAUAUAGGUGAGCAGCUGACGAUCCCAGAUGAAUUUUCAGAGGAGGAGAAGAAGUCUGGGUAUGUGUGGCGGCAGCUGAUGGCCGGAGCCGUGGCUGGAUCGGUGUCUCGGACGGGAACCGCCCCCCUGGACCGUCUUAAAGUUUUCCGACAGGUUCAUGGUUUCUCUGUCUUCAAAGGGAACGUGCUGAGCGGUUUUCAGUCCAUGUUGAAAGAAGGAGGACUGCGGUCGUUGUGGAGAGGCAAUGGAAUCAAUGUCCUUAAGAUUGCCCCAGAGACUGCGAUCAAGUUCACAGCCUAUGAAAAGAUCAAGAGUGUGAUGCGUGGCAGCAACGAAACAAGAAAUCUGAAGGUUCAUGAGAGGUUUGUUGCCGGCUCUCUGGCCGGAGCUAUAGCCCAGACAGCCAUCUACCCAAUGGAGGUGCUGAAGACCCGUCUCACACUGCGGAAAACCGGCCAGUUCUCAGGAAUCGCAGACUGCGCCAAACGGAUCCUACAGCGGGAAGGUGUCGCAGCCUUCUACAAGGGUUACGUACCGAACUUGCUGGCUAUCGUCCCUUACGCUGGCAUUGACCUGGCUGUGUAUGAGACUCUGAAGUUUGCCUGGCUGAACAGGAACAUAGGUGUUGCCGACCCAGGGGUCAUGGUGCUGGUCGGCUGUGGUGCCGCCUCCAGCACCUGUGGACAGCUAGCGAGUUACCCGCUGGCACUGAUCCGCACUCGAAUGCAGGCACUGGCUCUAGAGAAGGAAGCUCCUAAACCCUCCAUGUUGGCUUUGCUUCACAACAUCGUGACUCAGGAAGGCGUGGCCGGACUUUAUAGAGGAAUUUCCCCCAACCUGCUGAAAGUCAUUCCCGCUGUCAGUGUGUCCUACGUGGUCUACGAGUACACGAGGAUAGUCCUGGGUGUGGACAUUGAGGGUAGGAGGGCAGGGAAAGGGAAAGGCUAGAAAAGGGAUGGAUGAUUCGGGGGUGGCUUUUAUCAACAUGCACGUGCAGAUCUGUUGGCAGUGCAUGAUUGGUGGAUGAAUGCACUGCCCUGUGAUCGCAAGUAUUGACAUUUCAGGUUGUAGGGUGGAAAAUAAACCGUGGAAGGAGAAGAGAUCAGGGUUGUAUAUGGACCUCACCUGAACUGCCAGCUGCUGUGGAGAGUUUCAAGUGUGAUAUGUUGCAUGCAGUUGAGUGAAAGUUAAUCAAUUAGGCUCCUGCUGCUGCAAUGACUUUUACAGAUGGAUACUUGCAUGAGCUUGUCUGAGAACUAACGGGGAAAAAGGUGUGACCAAAAUUAGUGGCCAUGUUACAUUCCUACGGCAUUAUUUUUUCUCCUAGGUGGUACAUAGAGAAGAUAAAGGACUGGUAGGGGAUUGCUCCAAUUUCCUGUCCUGCAAGUGGAUCCUGAAAUCGCUGCACACCGGUGAAGUUAGCGAGUCAGCACUUUGAUUGACAUGUCUUAAACAAAUGUUACAAACGCUAAAGCUCAUAUUUUAUAAUGUAUUCCUAUGCAAACAGAUGUGUUGGUUUUCUUAUGUUCAGUCCAGUAUUUUCAUAAAUAACAAGGUGCAACGGUCUGUAUCAUUAAAUAAUAUGAAAUGAAAUUUAAGGCCAAUUAA